UCUAAGGUGGUUUUAGAGAUAAAGAGAAAAGGAUGAAGAUAAUUGUAGUUAUGAUGAUGGUUAUCUUGGGUUGCACACAGGCCAUUCGCAUUACACCUGAACAAAAAUCAUGUGCUGGAAAAUAUGUUCCUGUCUACGAUAAUUGUUUUAAUACUUGUAUUGCGGCCAAAUUUCCUUCUACUAAUAUAGGAGCUAAGGAGGUUACUAUUGACAGAAAUUGUAGUGUGUUUUGUUUCUUUAAAUGUAUAACAAAAGGUGAGGACUGUUAUAAUCGAUGCAAGACUGAAUGUGAUCAUUCACAUCUCAAUGUUGACAAUGAAUGCGUUAAUAGUUGCAGUGUGACCAAAUCUAAUACAGGUGCUGAUGGUAUUGUUCUAACAGCUGCGGUGAACUGUUGAUUACAAAAAU